GUUCAAUGCCUACGCGGCCAUGGACGAUGAAUGAAACUGAAAAAUGUUUUCUUAGUGCUUUCUAAAAAUUAUCACAACGUCUAAACAUCUGUUUUUAAGAAUACCUCGUAGCAAGCUCGAUAUCUUUCCCACUAAAGUUUUGAUCGAGCCAAAAUACCAAUCCUCACAAUAAAUUAUGAGUCAUAAACGCAAUAAUCGCUAUUAAAGUCAAAUUUUGGCGACAUAAACACAGACGCGGAAGAAUAUUUCGUAUCAAUAACAUUGUUUGGGUUUUAACGUUCACGAGAUUUGACAUGCGUUCCGGUGUGUUGCGUGUGACAGGAUAUUUGUGUUCGACGUUGUGUUAUUCGCAUGUUUGAGUUUAACGUACUCAUUGCCGGGAUCUUUGAGUUUGAGAUUAUUUUUGUGCGUUCUUGAGUUCGGGUAACCGUCUAGAACGCAAUUUAAGUGAAACCCGGAAAUUUUUGCAUCAUCAUUAUUUCAAAAAAAUUGUUGUUCCAACCCACAAUUCUUUUCCAAAUGAAUCUGAAUAAGAAAAUUGUACAGAGCUGACUAUUUCUAGUCCAAAUUUAAAAACUAUUAUCAUAACCCGAGUACCGCUUACAGUUUGAAGGUUAAAAUAGGCAAAAUCAUUUAAUUUCGUGUCAUGCCGUAGCGCGAGGCCUUCGAGCCACAAAAGUAUGAACUUGAUUUCGGAGACUCAGCGUGAAGCAUCUUCGUACAAGAAAUAAACUCGUCCGUUUCGAUAUAUGGAGGGGCAAAAAAGUGAGCUGAAAGUAAAAACGUGGAGCAAAAAGGACGAGAGUCGUGAAACGCGCGCGAUAGUUCGUCGCAUCCUGGAAAGUCCGAUAAGAACGAAAAUAGCACGUACUUCGAGAAUAAUGGAGCGCUAUCAAUACCGUACAGGCAUAUUUCCACUGUUGAAUCCACUCGUGAAUCGCACUUUGACAUGCGUAUGAUAAUUUAUCGUCAAAUGCGGCGUGGUAUGGCGAACGCGGCCGGGAAAGCUGCAGUAGCAAUUCGUCUCCGGGAAUUGUCGUUUGGAGAGAAAACGCGAAAAUUUGUAGCUUCUUUGCAUUUGAAAAUCGGCCGAAAUAUAAGCGCGGAAAAAAUGGUGUUAAGGGGGUUAUUCGCUUUUUUGACUUUCUUGAUGCUGCAAAAACGAAUGAACGUUUCGAGUCAAUCCCCGGACGUUGAACCAGUAAAAUCGCUCUGUCGACAGUAUCACAGAAUCAACGACACCAAAGAAAUUAGCUACGUCGAGGAAUAUUACAGAACUCAAUGGGGCAGUCUCGUCCUUGCGACGAGAGUCAACUUCCGAAAAACCGUCGUAACGAGGUGGAUGGUGGUCGAAAUGUGUUGCGAGGGCUACGAGCCCUCGCAGGCCGGGGACGAGGGUCCGGAGCACUGUGUCCCGGUGUGUCCGAGCGGGUGUCCGAACGGGGUCUGCGAGCGUCCGAACUCCUGUGUCUGCGGCCCCGGCUACGUUUCUUCCGUGGACAACGCGACGAGGAUGAGCGAGUGUUUGCCGCAGUGUAGCAGCGGUUGCGUCGGCGGGAGGUGCGUCGCGCCGGAGAAGUGUUCGUGCGAGUUCGGAUACGAUGUUUCCGAAGAUUCGACGGAGUGCAAGCCGUCGUGCGCCGGAGUCGACGCCGGAGGCCCGGAGCACUGCGGCGACGAGGGCAUUUGCUCUGCGCCGAACGUCUGCCAAUGUCAAGAUGGUUUCGGGCCUCCGGACUGGAGUCCUCCGAGCCUUUGGAGUCACGCGACGAGCGCGGAGAAGCCGAGCUUUCAUCACGCUUCCGAGAUUAAUUGCCUCCCGAAGUGCAUGCCGGAAUGUGCCAGUAACGCAUUUUGCUCGGCCCCGAACGAGUGUCGCUGCGAGCCCGGAUACGAGCCGGCCAGCGAGCACGAAUGCCGUCCGGUUUGCGGACAGCCCUGUCACAACGGUUUCUGCGCCCGGCCGGACGCGUGCGAGUGCCACCCGGGCUACGCGCCCCACGGGAUCGUGGGCUCGAGCCUCUGCGAGCCGGUCUGCGAGGAGGAAUGCGUCAACGGGAAAUGCGUGGAGCCGAAUCGGUGCGAGUGUUUGUCCGGCUACGGGAAGCUGAGCGUCGAAGCUGCCGAUCACGCGUCGAUAAACGUCUCGGCGAACGUUUGCGUUCCGAAUUGCCACGAGGCGUGCGGCAACGGAAGUUGCGUCGCGCCUUAUCGGUGCCACUGCAACCCUGGUUACGCCUUGAAACACUCCCAAUGGGGAUACUCCGAAUGGCAGACUUGCCAGGCCUCCUGUGACCCCGAGUGCGACUACGGAUUGGACUGCAUCGCGCCGAAUAGGUGCUCCUGCGAGCCCGGCUUCGAGCUGGUGCACGGCUCGACGUGCGAGCCGUCCUGCAUCAACGUGGGGGCCGGCGGACCAGAAAAUUGCGGAGACUCGGGCACCUGCGUCGCACCGAAUACGUGCCAGUGUCGAGACGGCUACGCGCCUCUGCGCUGGGCCUCGAAAUUGACGGAGAGCACCCACCGACCCAAGCCGGUCUUCCACAGCCGCUGGGAUUACGACUGCUUCCCGGACUGCGAGCAACCGUGUCCGGAAAACUCGGCUUGCAUCGCUCCGAAGAGGUGUCACUGCAGCGACGGUUAUCAGCCGAACGACCCUCACUUCGUGACGAAAUGUUCUCCAAUCUGCGAGCCACCUUGCCAUCACGGCUUCUGCGAGCGUCCGAACGUCUGCCAAUGUCUCGAUGGCUACAGAGCCAACGGCUCUGUUAGCUCCAAUCUCUGCGAACCAGUUUGCCAAGGUGGCUGCGUCAACGGAACGUGCGAUCUGCCGAAUCUGUGCAAAUGUUUCCCAGGCUACGAUAAGCUGAUGACUCGAUCGGAAAAUCUAACUGCGUUCCUACUCGCUGACUGCGCUCCUAUGUGCUUCCCUGAUUGUGGAAAUGGGACUUGCGUUGCACCGAAUAAGUGUGACUGCGAUCCCGGCUACGUCGACAUCGUAAUUGACUAUUACUGGGAUAGCCUGAAAAUUUGUCAGCCUGUUUGCAAUCCCAGCUGCCACGGCGAACUAUUUUGCGCUGCACCCGAUCACUGUCAACUGCUCGAUACGAGGGCCCCACAUUUGGAGGCUUUUCAAACGAGAAUCGUUGAAUUUCAGUCAAAGGAAUGUGGAUACAACGGGUCGUUCGCUGGGACGAGCAAUCGCACCUGCGAGUGCGGUUUUCAUUCGGAUCUUGGCGAAUGCACGGAGCCAUUUCUCUGCGCUAUUAUAAUCGUUAAUGACACUGGAUCGGCGGAGGAAUUCAGGCUCCUUGAAAAAAUCGUUGUCCUCGACAGAACGGACCACGUUGCGGAAUCGUACCGAUCGGCGAUGUCGUGCAAAUACGAGUGUCGAAUUUCCAUAUUCGCGAACGAGAGUCUCGAGAAUAUUCGUGACGAGACGGAGCAAUGUUACGCGAUAAAUCUCCACGACUCGCAGACCGGCCUCGUGUCCAAUGUGACGGAGAGUCUCGUGCGGAUCGGCGCAGCCGGGAAAACCGAUGGAAGUUUCAUCUGCUUCGUGGAUGCGAGUUUCCGGUGCGAAAUUCCGAAAUCCGAGGAAAGAAGAGCCGCCGGGGUCGCCGGCGCUGGUAUCAUCGCUGGCGGAGUAUUUCUCGUGGCCAUUUUUCUGGCUCUCGCUCUCUCGAUUUAUCUGUCGCGAAGGAAAAUGCACAAGCUUUUCGGAGGAUUGAGGCAGAAAGAUGAAACCAUGAUGGAGCGAUCGGAAGCCACGGAUUCACCGCACAUUUUAUCGUUCGAAAUGUGGUGCUGCAUGAGCUGCUCAAACCCGAACAUGGCGUUGCGAGGAUUAUCCGUUAUCGUGACGCUUCUAUUCCUGCAGAGACGAAUAAGCGUCUUGAGCCAAACUCCGGACCCUCGACCUGCGAAAUCGCUUUGCCGACAGUACCACAGAGUCAACUUCACCACGAUGGUGACCUUCAUGGAGGACGUUUACGAUGACUAUGCUUACUAUGACCCUCAUAUGAUAAUACCGUUACCGAAAAACAGACUCGCCUCCCGAAUAGAGACCCAUACGAAAUGGAGCGUAGUCGAAAUGUGCUGCGAAGGUUACGAGCCCUCGCCCGACGAGCAGAGUCCCGAACACUGCAUUCCGGUUUGUCCCAGCGGCUGUCACAACGGCGUCUGCGAGCGACCGAACUCCUGCCUCUGCGACCCCGGCUACGUUGCUUACGUGGACAACGUAACGCGUUUAAGCGAGUGUUUGUCACAUUGCGAGAGCGGUUGCGUCGGCGGUAGAUGCGUCGCACCGGAAACAUGUUCCUGCAACCGUGGAUACCAGCUUUCCGAAGACUCGGCGAGCUGCAAACCAAUUUGCAACGCAAUGUGGCGCUACGGCGAAGACGGCUGUGGCCACGGAGGCUCUUGCGUUGCGCCUGACCUCUGUCAGUGCCGGGAUGGUUACGCUCUUCGGGAAAAAUACUUGAGAGAGCUGAGCCCAUCGAUGAGAGAGAUGGAGAAACCGACCUUUCCCCAAGCCAGUUUGAUCGAUUGCGACCCACUUUGCGAGUCCAAAUGCCCGGACAAUUCGACGUGCACUCAGCCCGACGUUUGCGACUGCGACUCCGGUUACGAGCCGCACUACUCGAACGGCUGGCUAAAAAAGUGUCUCCCAAUAUGCCAGCAAGCCUGCCACAACGGCUUCUGCGUCCAGCCGAACGAGUGCCAGUGUCACGAAGGCUACAAAGAACACGAGUCCCUUGGCUCGGUGGUUUGCGAAGCGGCCUGCGAAGGGAACUGCGUCAACGGAAAGUGCGUUUCGCCCAACCGCUGCGAGUGUUUAUCCGGCUACGAAAAACUCGUCGUCCGUUCGGCCAAUCAAACAGAAGAUUCCUCCAACGUUUGCAUCCCCAUUUGCCAGGGUGGAUGUGGCAACGGAACUUGCGUUGCCCCCGACAAGUGCCACUGCAAUCCCGGCUACCGAGUUCCCGAGUCCGCUCACAACUCGUCCAAAACUUGCCGACCAACCUGCAGCCCAGGAUGCAACGACGAGUCCGUCUGCGUCGCACCGAAUCACUGCCAAUUGCGGGAUACCGCCGUUGCCGAAUACCCGUCCUACCGGACGAGAAUCGUCCAUUUCUCGUCGAAGGAGUGCGGCCAAAGCGGCUUCUCCUCCGAGGCGAAUGGCAACUGCACGUGUCGGUAUCGAUCGGAUCGGAGCGACUGCGUUGAGCAGCUUCACUGCGCCGUCAUUCUCGUCGAGGAGACUAAAUCCGUGGAAGAGUUCAGACUCCUCGAAAAACUCGUUUUUCACGAGCAAACGACCGAGAAACUUCAAAUCUACGAUUCGAACGUCGCGUGCCGGAACGAGUGUCGAAUCUCCAUCUUCUCGAACGAGACUCUCGAAGAUGAUGCUGCCGAUGUUGAACGCUGUUUUGCGAUAAAUCUCCACGACGCGAAAACCGGCGUUCUCUUCAAUGCGGCGGAAAAUCUUGUACCGAUCUCCGGGAAAGUGACGAACGAAAGUUUCAUCUGUUUUGUUAAAGCUGGCUUUCGGUGCAACGUCCCGAAGCACGGAGAGAAAGGGACCGGUGGAAUCGUCGGCACUGGCGUCAUUGCCGGUGCCAUUUGUCUGGUCACCAUUAUUUUUGCAUUCGCCCUUUCCAUUUUCUUCACCCGAAGAAAAAUAUGGAAACGCUUCGAAAGUUCGUCUCGGAAGAACGAAACGACCAUGGAAAGAUCGAAAGCUACGGAUUCCCCGUUCUGCACCGAUGAGGCUUCACACCUCUGAUGCAGUUUCACCCUUAAAACUUUCUGAUUCCGAGCUCGUCCGGAAAUCACUACUGCAUUGGGUGGUUUGGAGCCAAGUCAAAAAAAUUCAUUCGAUUGAAUUAAAAUACACUUUUGAAAUAAAUAAUUGUUUAUAAAAAAUCAUUUUUGAAUAAAAAUAUCAAGAGGAGAAGAAUUUUGAAAAAAACUUUAACGAAGCUCAAAGUGACUCAGAGCUCCAUUGUUAAUCAACUGCUUUCACAAUAUUUCUAUUGGAAAUCAUUUGCGAAAUAAAAAAUUAUGAACUCUUUUAAAA